AUUCUCGCUCGCCCAUGAAAGAAUGAUCUGUAAAGGGAUGUGCCGCACCUUCUCAAUUACGAGUGCGUAGUUCUAGGGGUCUGCUUCAGUGUAUCAAAAUGUUUGUGCAUUGGGAACUUUUUUAGAGAUGAGUGCGAGAGGAGAGAUACCUGGGUACAGAUAGGAAAAAAGACAUCUUUGGGUCGGUUUUUUCACUCUCCCCAUUACUCUAGAAAACGAUAUUUCUCACAGAUAAUUACUUUGCGCCGCUCGGGGGCAACAUUGAUGACAACAUUCCUAGUCCGCCUAUACAUAGUUCUCCAUCUUCAUUUUUCGUCAUGCACGCCAGACAUAAAGGCCCUUCGGUGGCAUUGGGGUUCCGCAGUGGAGUCUAAAUCAAUUGCGUUAUCGGAUUUGCUUUUAUCGCGUUGCGAUGUCCUCACCAUGUCAACAUACCGAACCGUAUCAAUAGUGCUAGUAGCAAGCUUGUUGAGAGGACAAAGAGAGACACAGAAAGACUUUAGCCGUAUAAGCUAAGCGAGAAGCCUCAAAAAAUCAAAAUGGGAGUCUUGAGCAAAUCCGGUGCUUGGGUCAGUUCCAAGGGAUUGGAGGCCAGCGUGGCCAUGAAAGAGGGCGUCGUUAGCGAAUUGGAACGAUGCCAGAAAGCCAUCGCCAGUCUGCUGAAGGUGCUUUAUGGCAGCUUGCUUGGUUUUAGUUUUGCACCAUGACCGAAAUUUCGUGCUCAUUUUCUUGCAUAAAGAUGCGGAAUUUCUUGUGUAAUCCGUUCGAUGAUCUCUUUUCUAGGACUCAUAGACACGAUUCCAGAGAAUACGUCCAUUUCAGGUGAUGCCGUCCUUUCCGUGUGAUGCCGUCGCGUCUGCUUGCGCGUCAGUGAAGGCAAUAUUAGACAAGAUUCAGGAGAUCGAGGUACUUACUAGAGUUUCAUGUGCGGAAUGAAUGACGUAGGCAUGCUGACGAGUUCUGUGCUUGUUCAACCAAAUGUCUUGUUCGCCCACUCAUGCUCAUUCAUGAUCCACGCAACGUGGCACAUCUUUUUUUUCCACGAAUUUGGCAGGCCGUCGCGUGGUCCAAGGAGAAGCUGUACGGGCUGUACAUCCUGCUGAUUGGAUCCAUCGAAAGCAUCAUCGGGUAGAGUAGUGUUUGCGAAUUAGUUCUAUGCCUCAUGUUGCAUCAUCCGUGUCGACAACACCGUGCAACCUAAAGACGGUAAUGUGGCAGUCCCAAGUUCAGUUGUACACGAAACUGCCCAACUAGGUCCAUUUCCCCGUUCGUCGUGCAGCCGAUGUUGUGGGUGAAAGACCAGCUGAUUGGCGUGUGCAUGACCCUGACUACCUUCUGCUACACGGUGUUUGGCAAGAUCGAUGACUCCCUCGUGACGCCGAUCGUUAUGGCGGGAACCAACACGGGUUAUCAAAGUGAAAAAUCCCCCAUCCCCAUAUCGGAAACGGAAGAUGCGCGAACUUGUGAUGCUGUAUUUGAGUACACAAAUCGACUUGUAUUGCUAGAAGGCCAAGAGACGAAGCUGCGGCCUAAAUUGCAGGCAAUCUGUCAUGAUGUUUCCCACUUCCAUUUGCCUCCUGUCAUCCUGGAGCUGCAAGGCCUUCCCACGCCAACCAGCACUGCAGUCCGCAUCUUUUCCCUUCUAGCAUGACAAAGCUGAUUUGUGGCCACAAAUCUGCAUCACAGAUUUCCGUUUUGAUAUGGGGAGGGGGCAUUUUUCAUGGUAAUGCGGGUGUGUGCUUGUACACCACCGCCAAGGACAUUACCUACACGCAGUACGCAAUGGUCAAGGACGGGCUCGUCAUGCCAGUGGUCUCCACCGUCAACGCAGCUGUGGUAAGUUGUUUUUCGUCGUGUGCACAAAAUUGGUCCACCACAGCCAUUGUUUGGUUUCUACUACCUCCAAGAUGCAGCUCGGCGCAGCUUGGCUUCUGUCUCGUUCUUUUCUCAGCGACAGCGUCAUGGUAAACAAAAACCGCGAUACUUUAUUUCCCCAGGUCUCCCCAGCGUACAGUGCGGCGUCUUGCGUCGCAAAGGGUGCCACGUCAAAAGCCAUCAACGUCAGUGCCUGGGUGGAUUCCAAGCUCAGUCUGGUCAGCAUGAUGGCAGCCGUUGUGGAGAAGUCCAAGAAGUUGGAUGAGUGUGUCACCUCCGGUACACGAGAUAGACCUUUUUGUUUUUUAUGUUGCACUUGCAUACAAGCGCACGUGCGCGACAGGCCCUUCAUUUUUUUCUAGACGUUCUUAGCAUCGUGAAGUAGAAAGUCAGCAAUAAGAACCGCAUCGCAGGUGCGAUUGAGAAGAAGUUGGUCCGCCCGGCGCUGGCAACUGCGACCUCCUUGGAUUCCAAGUACCUCGGCGGCAGCACGCAGGACCUGAUUAGCUCCACGGUGGUGCAGUUUCAGGAGGCGAAGGGCGUCCCGGUCGUCCCGGCGGUCACGGUGAAGCCAGUUGCCAACAAAACCGCCGCCGGCGCGCCUACCAUCUCGCGUCCGCAGGUCGUGCGCCAGCACUAAACUAUUGCAUCUUCCCUGAAAAUUGACUUGUGUCAAAAUGUCAAUCUGCAAUAAACCGUUUGUAGCUAGAGUAAAAUUUGUGUUUUUGACAGGACCCCCGCUUCACGAUAGGUUUGUUCAGACGAGGCAAAGCAAUGAAUCUAUCCAUCCUCGGAUGUUGGAUCGAUCUAAAUUUUUUUCCGAGCAGGGUACAAGAUGACCGGUCGGAGGACCACUCUAUCUUGCGAAAUACAGUAAGCUUGUGCAGUGGCGGUGCAGGAGAUGUAGUCACUGUAAUUUGAUGAGAGCCCUUUUUGUCUACUGCAAACAUGGGCGGCACAUCUGUGAGCUGUCGCGUGUUUGUGCUGGACAAUCUAACGCCUCGAGCUCAACUGGUGGGGUGUCCAGUAUCCACCUCCGCGCCCGACAGCUGCAUCCUCCGUGAAACGAUGGUGUAGCAGGGGGGCGAGGGGAAGUCGUAAAGUACAAUUUUCCUUGUGCCCAAUUUGCUCUACACAAACAUAGGUGAGACAUGGAACGUACACUACAUUUGCUUUCGAUAGAAACUAUUUGGCUUCAUACAAAACUAACAGAGCAUGGUAUUGCUUCCUGACACGCAAUCUUCAAAUUUGACAAAAACCUAAAUUAGAAUCUGAACAAUGCAGUACUCCUAACCUUGAUACGCAAAAAAAUCUCAAAUAGGUGUUGUGCGAUGCGUUAUGUAAAAAGCUUGCAUGAUGCACUUGUACGAAUUUCGUCGCUGCGGAGCAAGAAGCGGCCGAGAAAUCGUUAUGAUAUCGUAUCUGUCGUUGUCCUAGAAGUACCGAUGCUUAUGAAUAGCCUUCUCGCUGCGCUUCUUGGCUUUUUUUUUUUCGAUACGGUUCGCGCUAUCCGGGGGACCCUGACCACCCAUAAUGUACUUACUAGGCGAGGAUCUCGAUGAUCCCCUGAACAGUUUUGCAGAGGAACGCGCGUGAGCUGGUGUGGCGUACGUGUCCCUCAACAAGCUACACUGCUAGUUCAGGCUAUCUGGCUACCCGAUAAUUUUCCUCUACGCGCAGGCAUUUUAUUCGCAGGAAUGGAAACUAUUUCGAAGAUCCAUCGCAAUUGCACUUCAAGCGCCAAAGUGGUCAAAGCGUCAGUUGUAGUGGAAGCUUCGCACGGUUACCAUCUCCUCACGAAGCGAAAUCUGUCGCGCCAUGCUCAUGAUGAUGUUUACGUCUGCUAUGCUCAAUGUUAUCAUAUUUUUUUUACCGAAAAGAACAACUUCAAUCACAAUUUUCCGGCCAAAAUAAAUCACAUCUUCGAAUUUCAACACAAAAAAAGCCUUUCCUCCACUCGAUUUUGAACAGAGCCUCAGCCUGCUUAUCUGAGCAGACUAGCGCUGAAAGUAUACUAGCAAACAAGUUUCGAUUUUUUGCUAUGAUGAUUUUCCCUAAAGAAUGUUUGCAUUAUGCCUACAAAAGUUAGUUUCGGAGGCAGCAAUGUUGUGCAAAAUAUCGGUCGACCGUAGAAUGCAGAUAUGCAACAUUCGCCGGGUCUGCAGGGGAUGAUUCUGCAUGUUGGUCUUGCUUCAUUCUUGCGAAGAUGGGAGCUGAGUCGUGACCCUUUAUUGGUAGCAUUGUACAGUGCACGAUACUGAAGAAUGAAGACGAGAAAUAUAAAAAUGUACGUGAAAAUUUUCCUCUUCGUGCCAGUGAGGCGAUGAUGCUCGGUGGUCGGCACGAAUUACCGUUGCACGCCAACUACACCGGUCUACGUUAUGAUUGGACUUUGACAGUAACGUUUCAAAUAAGAAGCUGCGAU